UUACGGUCAAUAGGAGGAGCGUCAGGCAUCGGCCUGUACAUCGUCGAGAUGCUCCUUAGUAAAGAUGCAACGGUCACCAUUCUCGACAUCAAUCCGACGAUGGCGACUGAAGCCCUAAAGUCUCUCCGAUCCUCCUAUCCGGACUCACGAGUCAGCUUCAAGCAGUGCGACGUCUCGAAAUACGAAUCUCAGGCAGCUGCAUUCAAGUCCGCAUUUGCCGAACAAGGCCGCAUCGAUAUAGUCGUUGCGAACGCUGGUCUCAGCGCAGAGCAGCGCGAGCCGUUCCUGGCGGCCCGCGAGGACCCGGAUGCUCCCCCGCCAUUGACGACGCUAAACGUGAAUCUGUACGGAGUGAUCUACACCACGCACCUUGCCAUCCACUAUAUCCGAAAAGGCGGAAGGGGAGGAUCGAUACUGUGUACGGCGUCGAAUGCGGGCAUAUACCCAUUCAGUGUCGGACCCAUAUACGCAGCGUCGAAACACGGAGUCGUGGGCCUCGUGCGAUCCCUCGGACCAUCUCUGGAGAAGGAGGGAAUUGCAAUCAAUGCCAUAGCACCUUCAGUUAUCAAAUCCAACAUUGCGGAUGAGGCCCUGUUCAAGGAUAUGCUCGAGACGCCACCGGCAGUGCUGAAAGAAGCAGUGCAUGAGCUGGUGACGAAUAGAAAAUUAUCUGGGAGGAUCGCUGAGAUGGGUCCCGAGGGGGAGCAUGGCAUUCUAUUCCGCGAGCCUCCUGACUUCGUGAACGAUUCGACACGUCAUAAUAUGUUGAAUUUCAUCAAAUUGGGG